GGACACGUCAGGGGACAUGUCAGGGGACACGUCAGGGGACAUGUCAGGGGACAUGUCAGAGGACCUGUCAGAGGACACGUCAGGGGACAUGUCAGGGGACACGUCAGGGGACACGUCAGGGGACAUGUCAGGGGACAUGUCAGAGGACACAUCAGAGGACAUGUCUGAGGACACAUCAGGGGACACAUCAGGGGACACGUCAGAGGACACGUCUGAGGACAUGUCUGAGGACACGUCAGAGGACACAUCAGAGGACAUGUCUGAGGACACAUCAGGGGACACAUCAGGGGACACGUCAGAGGACACGUCUGAGGACAUGUCUGAGGACACGUCUGAGGACAUGUCUGAGGACACAUCAGAGGACCUGUCAGAGGACACGUCAGGGGACAUGUCAGGGGACACGUCAGAGGACACGUCAGGGGACACGUCAGGGGACACAUCAGAGGACACGUCAGGGGACACAUCAGAGGACAUGUCAGAGGACACAUCUGAGGACAUGUCAGAGGACACGUCAGGGGACAUGUCAGGGGACAUGUCUGAGGACACGUCAGAGGACACGUCAGGGGACAUGUCAGAGGACAUGUCUGAGGACACAUCAGGGGACACAUCAGGGGACACAUCAGAGGACCUGUCAGAGGACACGUCUGAGGACACGUCAGGGGACAUGUCAGAGGACAUGUCUGAGGACACAUCAGGGGACAUGUCAGAGGACAUGUCUGAGGACACAUCAGGGGACACAUCAGGGGACACGUCAGAGGACACGUCUGAGGACACGUCAGGGGACAUGUCAGAGGACAUGUCUGAGGACACAUCAGGGGACACAUCAGGGGACACGUCAGAGGACACGUCAGGGGACACGUCAGAGGACACAUCAGAGGACACAUCAGAGGACCUGUCAGAGGACACGUCAGAGGACACAUCUGAGGACAUGUCAGAGGACACGUCAGGGGAC